AUGUUCAUUGCCUGCAGUUCUGAGUCUAUUCCCUAUGAGGAUGCUCAAGAUAAUUCAUCAGGCUAUCAUGUUAACAGACCUGUGACGAUAGAUUUGAAUUAUUUUAUUUCUGAAUUGCCACAGCAAAUGAUAAAUUUGAACAAAACAUAUAGUGACGAUUCUGGAGGCUUGGAAAGAGAUAGGGAAUUUGGAUCGGAACGUGACCCUUCACAUUUCAAGCUAUUUGGCAGAAGGGUGCUAGUGACACCUGGUGGACUUUCUUGGGACCAACAUCAGCAAACAGACGACAUCUAUCCAAAUGAUAAUCCUAUAAACAAUGAGCACCUUAGAUUUGGAAACAGAAUUAAUGGGGGAAUUGCUGUGCAAGAAACUUCGAGCAUAGCAAGUCACAUGGAGGGGAGUUCCAGAGAUAUCUAUGUUAGAAGAACAGAAAAUCGUGUGGAUAAUAUACCAACAAGCUUAAAUCUUUCUGAUGUUUCUGCUGCACAGUAUCCAGUCUCAUGCUAUGGGAUGUCUUGGUUAACAAUUGAUUAUGUUGAGGCUGCUCUUAGGAACCUGCAAUGUCCUGCUUUACCGAUUCAUAGGAUGGAGGAAUAUGGAGAUGGUUUUCCAAACGUCAACGAUGAGUCCAUCAGGUUGAGAGGCAACGAUCAUGCAAUUCAUUUUCGUGAUGACAUGGUUCAUGCAAGCGAGGGUAUGGCCUCGACUGAGGUGCUAGAAAUGAGAGUACGGUUUGCGAGAUCUACAGAAAAUUUUGUGGAAGGAGGUCACACAAAUAGUGAGAGUUUUGAAGUCUAUAUUCCACCAUUUUUCCUUGAGACACAGGAAGCUUUCACUGCGAGAGUGAACCUAAUCGCUGGGGUUAGUGUGUUAUCGCAUGCAUUUAUUUAA